CUAGUCUUAAACACCAUCUUUAUAUUAUCUUGCGUGGAUUGCGAGUAGCUUGACUAGAUGCUCAGCCAUUCGGGUGACAGUCUGUUACACUUUAAUUUAUUUGGGCUUAAUUUGUAUAAGUAGCUUGCUAGAUGUGUAUCUACACAGGCAGAAAAUUUAAGGUAGUUGAGUGAGGGUUUUUUCCCUUCUUCUUCUUUUUUUUUGUUUGUUUUAGUAGAGGCUGGGGCAUCAUAACUUGGGGUCUCUGCAGGCUGGAGCUUCCUUGACAGUCUAUUUGUUUUCUUUUUUCCACUUUUUUAUUUUAAAUUUGAAUGUAUUUUCUGAAAUGACUUAGCCACCCUUUCUUAGGAUCCAUCAUGAAAGAGCUAAUUCUGUUUCUCUUUUAUAUAUGUUGGGUUUCCGUUGUUUUGCAUUUCAUAUUGCUAAAUUUGUUCUUAUUAAAGAAUUGUGACAAAGAGCAAGGAAAUUGACUUGGGCUGCUUUUUCUUAAACCUAGUCUUCAUGAAUUGUAAGUUGGAUGAUAGUCGUGUACUGCUUCUUAAACUAAUUUUUUUUCUUGGAAUGAAGAUUUUGGAAAACCUCCGUUAAAUUUGGUAUUUAGUUUUACGCUGAGUAAAUCCAGCAGGUAAUAUUUGGGUCAGAUCCAUUAACUAACUUGGCCAGUCACGAACAUUUUACUUAUUGACUCUGACAAGCUCUUUAAUUAACUUAUCGUUACAGAGUGAUGCACAGAUCCCACAGUUUCGAGGCAGGUAGUUGGAGCCGAUUGGUUGAGCUGAUUCCCGCUACAACAGAAUUAAUCUUGGCGCUAUGAUACGUAUACUUUUUUUGGCCAUUGUAUCACACACAUCUACCUAGGCUUGUGAGAUAUCGAUUUUUCACUGAAUGCAAUUUUCCAUUUUAAAAUAUCACAAUAAAUGGUUUAAUUGUCCAGAGCAAGCCUAAAAACAACAGGAAAAUGAACAUUAACACCAUUUCAGGUUUAAGGAGUAUAUAGGAGGGCUUAAUAUUAUUCACCACCUGGGCAGGCGAGAACUGUGGCAAACACAAUAACUCACCUAGAUGGGGGAUUUUUAAGUAAUUCUGCAGUAAUGUGCGGUAAAUAGUUUUUAAAAAAUACCAUAACAACAUGUUUAGAUGUAAUCUUUUUACAAAUAGGUUGUCUAAUGUUCACAGUAUUGAGCAGGAGAGCGUCGGUCAAAGAAGUAUGUUUAAUCACUUUCUAAUUAUCAUCACUAUUAACAUUAUUUGCAAAGUGACAAUUGGACACUUUGUUGUAGGCCUGUUUAAUCUUUUUGGGUCAAAAUCUUCUUUAGUUAAGUGUUUGUUCUCCUUAGCUAGGUUUAGACAAGUAUAUAUUUAACAUUAGUUAAAUAUAAGAGCUAAGCUUUCUAUUUGACAUGCUAUAUGGGCUUGUAAGAGGAGGAUCUCAGUGAUUCUUGGGGAAGUUCCUUAUGGUUGUCUUGCACACACACUAGACACACUAGGUUCAGCUGUGCUGGCAUACCUGGUGUUGGCCCAAGAUCAAGUUGGUCAAGAGCCAUCCUGCAUCCUGCCCCAAGAAUCAAUUCCUGCCAGCUGGAGUUUCCAAAGCAAGCAAUAAAAUUGCCAGCGUGAUGCCUGUGCUUGUGAUAUGCAUGGCAAUCUCAAAAGCCAAAAUAUCAUUAUGGCACCUGCACUCGGUGCUUGGGCAGUGUGCAUCUGUGCGUAGCAUCAGACAUUGACCACACAAGAGUGAAUCCUGCAUUAUCACACUUUACUUUCCUUUUAGAGCCUAGAGAACUAGUGCUUAGGCCACAGCACUCUCACGGCUGCGGCCCGGGUUCGAUAUCCGGCCGAGGAACCGACCCCAGCCACUGGGGUUGCGUGCAACAGUGCGCUCUCAGUACCGGUCCCAAGCCUGUAUAAAAAUUGGGGAGGGUUGCAUCAGGAAGGGCAUCCGGCGUAAAAACUGUGCCAAAUCAAAUACGCGGACCAGUGAUCCACUGUGGUGACCCCUAACGGGAGUAUCCGAAAGAGGAACAUCUUUCCUUUUAGAGCCCAGCUGUGAAUGUCGUGGGAAGCAGUAUUUUAGUUAUUCACCACAAGGAGCACUAUUUCAAGGGAAACCCUCCAGGAAAUGCAGUGAGUAAGAAAAGAGUGGUAAGUGCUCUGUGAAUUUAUCAAAUAUCACACUGAAAAACUUAUGAAGGUAAUAGGCUUAGCUUUGGCGGACAGGUUCACCUUUAGCUCUGACUGUAGUCACAGGCUUUUAUGCACGUAGCUCAAAGAAGGCCGCCGAGUACGAGGCGUGAAGAAUAAAGCGAACAUCAGCCGUUAAGGAUGGUAUUUUAUAAUGUCAUAAGGUCACCAUGUGACUCUGUGGUAAAGGUCUAACCAUGUAUAUAUAUAUCGUGACCCAUCUAACUAAAAUGACAAAGUACCAGGUUGCUAAUUUUUUCAAUGACGACGAAUGUUUCAAGUGUCACCUGUCAUGGAACCUUUUAGAGACCCUUAUAUUUAUUUGCUUCCAACUAACAGCUAAAAACAGCAGUCCAUACUCUGAACUGUAUGUCUAACAUUUGUGGUGGGAUCACACUAAUAAUCUGAAUAUCACACCAGUCAAACUACAUGGCUGCUUUUUUUCUUUGUUUCACUUCAUGUGGCAUUUUGAUUCCCACUACAGUUUUAACCAGGAAGUUCAUGUGACUUCAGGUGAAUAAUAAUUCUGCCAAGGUGUGAAAACACAGUGAUUAAGGUCUGAUUAGCUCAGUAUGAAACUGGCUGGGAGUAAACAACACAGUCCUGAAGGUCAGUAUUCACAAGUUUAUUGACACUAUCGCGGCCAUUUGUGUGUUAUCAGAAUCCUGAAAGCCUCACUUCAUGACAUUCAAAUACCUGACAACUGUUAACCCUAAUGAAUUGUGUUGACCACAUUGUCAAUGUCACUAUCAAGUCUUUUGCCUACAGCCCUACAAAAUGGCCAACAAUAAUGUUAUUGAUCUAUUAAUUGACUGUUAUUGUACUGAAACUAUACUUGUACCCCACAAUGAUUUCCUAAACAUGUCACGUGUCGAGUGAUUUGAUCUCUUUUUUCGGGCAAAUUUGCCUUGAGGUGAAGUGAAGCUACAUACUGUUUCAUGAACUAUUCUUAAUGACAAAAUGAAUACUUCUUCUGAUUCUUUGGUCUUAUUUAUUUAAGGUUGUUUUUUCUGUUUUAAUCAAGAACUAACCCUGUCUUGCUAAAUUUACUAAUACUAAUUCUAGUAUUACGUUUAGACAACGGUACAAAUAAUGCUUAAUGCCACUGCAGCCACUGAAACUAAAACCUUUGUGAAUUACUCUUCAUUGCAAGAUAGUCAAGACAGUCUUUUUAAACUCAAACAUGAAAUCUUGACCUUCAAUAUCAUUAAGGCAUUUUCAAAUUUACCUAAAAUGAACAGCACAUUUAUUGGAUUUAAUAUAAAUUUGAUAUUGUUUUUCACACCAUUCUGUGAAUAUAGUGCAUGCAAAUCCCAGGAGAUUAGCAGUUUCUCAAAUGCUUAAACCACCUUGUCAAAGAACCAUGCCACAGUCAAAGUCCCAGAGAUCACAUUUUUCCCUCAUGGUGAUAUUUGAUAUGAACAUUAACUGAAGCUCUUGACCUGUAUCUGCAUGAUUUUAUGCAUUGUACUGGUGCCACAUGAUGGACUGAUUGGAUAAAUGCAUUAAUGUGCAGAUGAUAAAGUGGAUGGUGAGUAUGAGAUGUAACCGUGUACGAACACAUUAUUCAGACUGAACAGAUAAUGUGUUCUUAAUGAACACAAGUAGAUAUGACUCAAAGAUGCAGGAUGUAGACACAGGUUAACCAAAAAAGGGCAGGUGAAGAAAAAGACCAGGUGACAUUUUCCAUUCUUCAGCUGCCCAGUUUCAGUGAUAUGUGCCCUCUGUGAGAUAAUUGUAGUUCUUGGCUGACAGGAGUAGGAAACUGUUGUAGCCCAUACACCAUAAGGUUUGCCAUGUUGUUCGCUGCAUGAUGUUAUGCAUUGCACUGCUGGAACAUGAUGAUUGUGUAUUUGCAUGAAUGACCAGCUGUACAGGUGUUCAUUAAAAUGUACACUCACCAUCCACCUUAUUAGGAACACCUGCACAUUCAUGCCGUUAUCUAAUCAGCCAAUCAUGUAGACAAAAAUCAUGCAGAUACUGGUCAACAGCUUCAGUUACACAUCAAACAUCAGAAUGGGGAAAAAGUGUGAUCUCUGUGACUUUGAUCGUGGCAUGGAUGUUGGUACCAGUUGGGCUGGUUUGAGUAUUUCAGAAACUGCUUUCUUGGAAAUUUCACACACAACAGUCUCUAGAGCAGACAUGUCAAACUCAAGGCCUGUGGGCCACAUCUGGCCCGUGAUACAAUUAUAUCCGGCCCCGAGAUAAUUUCAUAUGUCUAUUAUUAAUGGCCCCCUGGUAAAUUGCACUCACACCACUCAUACUACAAAUCCCACAAUGCACUGCAACAUCUGCCAUGCAGCGAAUAGCCGUGAGUGCCAGCCCCUCCUCCCUGCUGCUUUAAUGACACUCAUCAGUGGUCAGCGGUGAAUGCAUGGGUCAGCACCUAUACAGUGACAUUUAAGCUAGCCAUCCCCCAAAAAAUGGCCAAAUGAAAAGUGGACUUUGAAAACAGGGGCUUUCAAAACAGGUGGGAGGCAGAGUACCUGUUUGUUGACAUUGAAGGUAAACCUGGGUGCCUUUUUUGCGGGGCUAAUGUGGCUGCAAUUAAAGAAUAUAACAUGAGACGGCACUAUGAGACAUAUUUUUUAUUUAUUUUUUGAGAAAAAUUAUUGUAGUCUGGCUGUUCAAAUUCACAUUUCUGUUUAAAUCACAGUCAGUUUUAAACUGUUGAAUAAAAGUUAAUCCUGUUUGGCCAGCAACUAGACCGUGUUUUAAAUUUUGGCCCCUUCUGUGAUUGAGUUUGACACCCCUGCUCUAGAGUUUACACAGAAUGGUGCGAAAAACAAAAAACAUUGAGUGAGCGACAGUUCUGUGGUAGGAAAUACCUUCUUGAUAAGAGAAAUCAGGAAGGGUAACUCAUAUAAUCAAUCUUUACAACGGUGGUGAGCAGUAAAGCAUCGUCACAUGCACAACACAUUGACCUUGAGGUGGAUGGGGUACAACAGCAGAAGACCAGAUCCACUCCUGUCAGCCAAAAACAAGAAUCUGAGGCUAUCAUAGGCACAGACUCACUCAAACUGGACAGUUGAACACAGGAAAAAGCCCAGGUGAUUUUUUUUUUUUCUAAUCUUCAACCGUCCGAUUUGGGUGAGUCUGUGCCUAUGAUAGCCUCAGAUUCUUGCUCUUGGCUGACAGGAGUGGAACUUGAUGUGGUCUUCUGCUGUUGUACCCCAUCCACCUCAAGGUCAGUGUGUUGUGCAUCGUGAUGUGAUGUGAUGUGUAUGCUAAGAUGAUUUUCUGCUCAACAUGGUUGUAAAAAGAGUGCUUAUUUGAGUUACUAUAGACUUCCUCUCAGCUCAAACCAGUCUGGUCAUUCUCUUCUGAUCUCCCUCUUCAACAAGGUGUUUCAGGCUGCAGAUCCUCCGCUCACAGGUUGUUUUUUGUUUUUUUCGCACCAUUCUGUGUAAACUCUAGAGACUGUUGUGUGUGAAAAUCCCAGGAGAUGAGCAGUUUCUGAAAUACUCAAACCAGCCCAUCUGUCACCAACACAUGCCACGGUUAAAGUCACUGAGAUCACAAUUUUUCCCCAUUCUGAUGUUUGAUGUGAACAUUAACUGAAGCUCUUGACCUGCAUCUGCAUGAUUUUAUGCAUUGUGCUGCUGCCACAUGAUUGGCUGAUUGGAUAACUGCAUAAAUGAGCAGGUGUACAUGUGCCCGGUGACUGGUGAGUAUAUAUUUAGAGGCCAACAUGCUGGGUUGUUUUGCAAGGAUGGAAAAUCCUGGGAUCAUGAGCAGGAGCCUAAGCAGGGCCCCCUCACCACCCUGCCAUACACAAAACAAUGAAUGGAGCCCUGACCCUCCUGCCCUGCAACGCAAAAUAAGAUGCAUACAUUACUACAUUACUCAUGAGUAUUUGAGUAGCCUUGAGGUGCUAUUCAGAAGUCAGCUUUACCAUAGAUGACUGGCAUUUUUCUUGCUUUUCAACUGACAAACUUCAACCUGGGUUGUUCAUGAUUUCUGACCCAGGUGAUGAAGUGGAAUUCUGGACUCCUGAAUGUCUACAAUUCCUUGACAAAGGGCUGUUGAUUGCAGUUUGCUACAAACCCCAUUAUAAUGACAUUAUAAUGUGUUUCUUAUAGCACAAACAAUUACAAUAUAGCUAAUUUAUGCCAAUAUACCGUACAUGUGCCUUACUAAAUAUAGCAUAAAACUGGUUUGCCAGACUGAGUUGUCUUUUGGGGUUCUUGUUCACUGACUUCACAUUUCACAAUGACAACUGUAGUGACAGGGCCAAACCUGUGUGUGACAUGUUCGACAAGCGUAAUGAAAAACUGGGACACAAAACUAGCCUACAGAAUCUUCAGACUUGAGUUUUGUGGGAUUGUUUGGAAGUUGGAACAGAGCUUGUGGGAUUAUUUGGAAGUUGGAACAGACACUGGUAGCAACCUUAUCUGAUAGAACUGGCCCAAUUUUAGCCUAAUAGCCUAAAGAAAAAGAAAAAAAAAAACAAUAGAAACCCUCAGGUGUUAAUGGUUAGCUAUAAUGGGAAUUGUGUUGGUUUUAAUGGAAACUGUAAUGGUCUCUACUGCUAAUUUGUUACCUUCUACUGGUGGCAUGCUAUGACUAGUGGAUACCAUUAAGGACCAAUAAAAUGGUUUUAAUGGUUAGUAAAAUGGUUUUAAUGCUUAGCUGAUGGUAUGUAAUGGUAUUUUUAGUGGAAACCAUUAUAAUUUCUGUGCUGGUGUCUAUUGUUUUGUUGUUUUUUUUCAGCAGGGAGUGUAAGCUAAUGUAAACCAUAAACCGAAUUUGCUAACAAACUAGCUAACAUUAGGCUAUUAAGCAACCCAGUCCUGAUUAAAUAAAAUUAAAUAAAAAUGCGAAGAUAUACAAACACAGCGUUUCGACUGCCAGGGGGAAUGUUUGUAAAAUGAUUUGGACACAAAAUUUCACUUUCACCAAAUGUAACAGUAUCUGCACAUUUAUUCAUUUAUGUGUUGUUGGGAUGCUUUAGCUAAGCUUCUCAGUGGUGUUACGCCUUCCAUUGCAUUGGUGAAUAUUGUACUGUAUAACCACAUUUUGUGAUGGUUUUCCAGUCAGAUACACGCUCUAAGGGCGUCACGGCACACUCUCAUGAUUGGCUGUGUUGUCGUGGGGGAUGUUUGCAGCCGUACAAGCCCAGGAGCAUCACCGUUUCACUGAGUUUCACCUUCCUGCGUCGAGAAUAAGGGAACAAAGAAACCAUGAACAGUCUAACGGAAAUAUAGGCUACGUGUUCGAGUUUCAUUUCCUUUAUAUACGAGGGGACGGUGAUGUAAAACUCCUUAUAAGGAAACAGAAAGGAGUGACGCUGGAGCGGUGCACGCGAUCAGAGAAAGACGACAGAAACAUAAGGUGCACCCUUUUAUUUCGUCCCGGUGGAUAAAAUCCGAAAACCCAUCCAUCAUCCAUCCCAUUGUCAGUUGUUUCAAGCAAUGUGCUAUUCAUCAAAGAGAGAAAUGCAGCAAAAUCUUGCAGACAGCAAUGGAAAGAAUGACCUCUCAGAGCCAGUUAUUCCUCUCCAUAGUUACAUGCAUGGUGGAAUAUCCAGCCUCGUCUGCACCGUCAUCACUUUCCCCGUGUACAAAACUGUGUUUCGCCAGCAGUUGCACAGCACACUGAUCCGUGAGGCUGUGUUGCAGCUGUAUGAGGAAGGGCUGCUAAAGCUUUACCGUGGAGUAGUGCCACCCAUGCUGAUGAAGACUCUUCAGGGAACCAUCCUCUUUGGCUUCCAGAACACUUUCCUGCAGCAGCUAUCCCCUUGGGCUGAAAUAUAUUUUCCCAGGGCAGUGCUUCCUGCCGUGGCCGGGCUCGGGACAGGGGUAGUGGAGUGUUUGUUUUUUACCCCCUUCGAGCGCGUACAGAGUAUCCUACAAAACAGUGGCAACGAUCGUAGCCUUCCCACUCUCAGCAAAAUUGUGGGCCGGCUGAGGUCCGAAACGUUAGCGAAUGGAUGGUACCGAGCUUUUUUACCCACUCUUACUCGCAACGCAUUAGGGAGCGGUCUUUACUUUGGCCUGAAGGAUCCAUUGGCCAGAGUGUUAUGUGAGAAAGAUUGUCCCCCCAUAGCCUCAUCUUUUGUGUCAGGGAUGGUCAGCUCCAUUGUGAUUAGCUUGCCCUUGUAUCCACUCUCAGUGCUGGUGGCCAACAUGCAGGCCCAAGUCGGUGGAGAUAACCUGGGGGUGAGGGCCAGCUGGCAUCAGCUGUGGCAGAAACGACAGCGAAGUCUGGUAUUGCUGUACCGUGGAGGAUCACUGGUCAUCCUGCGCUCUUGCAUCUCUUGGGGCAUCACCACUGCCAUAUACGACCAGCUGAUGAAACGCUCAGGCUGAGGAAUACUAUCAGGACAACUUCUCCUCUGGAAGGUGGAUAUAUUGAAUUUGUGAAAACGUUUAACAUUUAACCACUAAACCCAUCUCAGGCAGCAGUUUCUCAUUUCUUUUCAAGGUUUCAUGGCUAACAAUGGCUGCAUUUUGCUCUUAAAUGAGUAACAGGGCUGAUUGUUAGCAUGGAAUUAGCAAAUACAUGAAAUGUGUUUAACUAGCAUCCAUACUAAUGGCAUAAGGACAUUAAAAACAUUCAAAUGAUUAACUUAAAAUUAUUUUUCAAAGUGACCUUGCCAGUCGAUAUCACAAUAUCAUUUAAAAUUAAUUUUAAAAAAAAUGAAGAACAUACUUUUCUUCUUCACAUGAUCUUCAGGAAAUUUGGAUGAUGCAGCUUCUUGCUGAACAUGUGACUUGUGGAAUAUUACUGAAGCAUGGGGUGUUAAAUGGAUUCACAUAUUAUCCAUUACAGUAUUUUGAUGAUGUGUAGGUGAUAGUGCUGUUUUCUAAACUCUGUAGAGAGGUUUUAUUAAUAUUUUAAUUUAUUUAUCUGAAAUACGCACAUAAGCUGUUGUGAAGGACACUUUACUCGUGUUUAAGAUGGAUUUUACCUUUGUUUUAUAUACAUAUUUGGAAAUUAUUAUUAUCAGUGGGUCACAGAUGGCCCAGUUUGUAUAAUCAUCUUAUCACUGAUGAUAUCCUGAGUAUGUGAGUUAACGAAGUAUUGUUAACUGUAUAGCUUAACCACCAAAUUACUGUGCUUUGGACCAACAUGCUCAGGCAUUACUGAUGUUAUAAGGUGAAGUAAAUGGAUAAAACAGUGCCUAAAAAUGUAAUCUUUUUGUAUUUCAUAUGGUUUACAUAAUUCCCUAUUCACCAGUAGUUAUUAAGUCAUUUAUCUCAGGGUUACAAACAAUCACAGAGGUACUAUUAAAGGCAGGACAAGUGACAAAAUUUACAUUGUUCUUUACUUAGAAGGACCAGAACCUUACAUGCCAUCAAGUGAAUUGUGAAUAUAAUCUCAUACACUAUUACUAAAUAUAAUCAUAUAAAAUAUUAUCUAUCUAGGCUUUGCAAAAUAAAAAAAAAAGAUAACAAAAGAGUGGAUCACCAUUAUACUGAAUGAAUACCCACUUAAUGCUUAACUGACUGGAUUUCAGGUGCUCAAUUCUUCUCGACUACUACAUGAAAUGACCUGCUAGUUUGAAUUGCUGUUUUCUUUUUAAGUUAGAAUAGAUGCAUCACUGUUGCCCUUGAAGCUCCAAGCCACCUACAUUGAAUGUGCUGCUCAGGCUCUGAAAUAAAUGUCCUGAGACUAAAAUCUUUCUAUCAAAGUGAUCAGCAGCAUGAAUACUUGGCCACUCUUCUCAUAGCCGUUUAUGCAGUUUUUGAAAAGAGCAAGGGCGUAAUUUAUUUUCAUUCAUGUAUACAUUUCACAUAUGUGUUUGGUAUUCAUUUUAAUUUUACUUCAGUAUGUGAUUUGACCUUUUUUCACCUCUAGUCAUAGUGACAUCAGGUAUUUCUGGAUGAAUUCUGAGCCUUCCUGUGGGAUUUACAGGCCAUGUCCUGUAUAACUCCUCAAAAAUGGCACAGAAAGAGAUUUAUUAUUAUGACACCUACGGAGAGGACGCUCGAAUUCUGGAUUUCUGAUUUCCAGGAUUCAUGACAUGGUUGAGAAUUUUAUGUAGUCCAUGAACCCAUAGUCCUAAAUAACAAAUAACAAAACUAUCUGUAAAAAAAAAAAAAAAAGUUACUAAGAAUUUCACUAAACAUUAGAUUCAUUUUUAAUGUGUAAUGAAAUUCUAGUGAAAUUCCUAGUGACUUAGUAUUAUUUUGUCUUCUGGGAAACAUGUAAAUAUCUUAUGUUGCUUCUGAAGGGCAGUACUAAAUGAAAAAAUAAGAUCUUUAAACAAAAUAAUGACAAUUUACACUGAUCAUCCUGUUCAAAAGUUUACACCCCCCUGGCUCUUAAUGUAUCGUGUUGCCUUCUUGAGCAUCAGUGAAUGUUUGCAGCUUUUGUAAUAGUUGUGUACGAGUCCCUCAGUUGUCCUCAGUGUGAAAAGAUGGAUCACAGCAUCAUAUAGCCGCUGUUGGAAAGGGGUCAAACACGCAGAAGAUGCUGGAAAAGCAAAUAAUGUGCAGGGACAGGAGGAUUUUUCUGAAGAACAGUUUAACUGCUCAGGACAAACAAGAGACUCAUGAACAACCAUCACAAAACAUAAACACAGUCGUUGAUCUUCCAGAUAACAACACACAGUAUUAAGAAUCAAGCGUAUGUAAACUUUUGAACUGUUCCACUUGUGUAAAUUCAGUAAUUAUUUUGUCUUGUGGACUAUAUGUAAACAUCUGUUAUGUGAAAUAGCUUAUUCAGGGCAGUACUAAAUAAAAACAAAAUGCAAUUUUUAUGAUUGCUCUUAUUUUAUUUAUUUUUUUUAAAUAUUAUUAACAUGUUGCAGAGUCUGCAAGGUGUAUGUAAACUUACGACCACAACUGUAUACACUUAUUAAUUUUAGAUGUUGUCCUAAAGGUAUGCAAAUUUUUUUCUACUAUGUGCCUGAACAGAAAGAUUUUCUUUCAGGCUAUGUCUCUACCUCAAUUUUUUUUUUUUUUUUAAUGUUUGUUUAAUUUGUUGCUUCAUUUAUUAUACUGUAUUUUAUUAUUAUUUUUUUCCUCUUACAAGUUUCAACUUGCUUAACACAACCUUAACAACACGGUCAUUUGUUCUACCAAGUGCUUAUAAUAAACAUUAAAGCGACAGGCUGUGAAAUAAAUGAUCCAGUGUGGUAUUUGUUUUUCCACUUGCUUUCCACUAGUUUUCCUUAUCCUCUGCAGUUCACUCUCUCUCCACCAGAGGGCGCCGUUGCGUCUUUAUUCACACGUCACCCCGCCUAUAGAGCAGAAAUGCUCAUCAGUCAUCUCUACAGUAACUAUAACACCUUUUCAUAGUUUUUCUCACAAUAAUAACACCAAAUAUUCACUGUUAGACAUGUAAUGCACUACAUGGGACAAGCACUGUUUCAUAUAGCUACUGUUUCAUGUAGCUACAAAGCGUAUUUAUGGAGGUUAACGGCUCUGUUUGGGAUUCAGUGUCUCCUCCUGUAAUCUCUGAGGAUUUAUGGCUGAAUCCCAAACGGCUUGCUAUUCCCUAUAUAACCGCACUACACACCGGAAGCUAUAUAGUGCCCUAUAUAUGCAGAA